AUGCCCCUCUAUGAGGAGAAGUUCAUAUGCCCAUUCUCCAUCCGCUUCUCGCAAGCCCGGAUACGGCCCACAUUCCAGGAUGGAAGAGAGGUGGAGGCAUCCAUGGAGCAGAUCACUGCUGUCUCUUGUCCAGAGGGAUCUCUACAACAGAGAUACGACGUCCUGUUAAGGGCACCGUUCCCUCCCAUCGAGAUUAUCCGAUGGUGGCCCAAGCUGCGCGAGGAGGAUGGCGAAACGCUUCUGGAUGAGAAUGGCAAGACAAUCCUAGGAGAGCCAUGCUGGUUCACGUUCGACAACCGCAGGCUGUAUUGCCUGCAGGCAGCAGCCAUAAAGAACUGGCCCUGCCGCACAGCUGCUGUGGUGCAUGUAAUGCAUGAUCUCCCAGUGUCAAAGUGCGCGCCCAAGAAGUUCCGCACCACCGACCUAGGCUGCUCUGUGCGGAUCUCGCGCCGUGAUGACGUGGUGCCUAGAGCCACCUGGACCUGGAUGGAGGCAGCGGGCAAGAUCGAUCGCGAGUCUGAGGACUACAGGAAAGCCAUGGAAGCCAUCUUUGCAGAUGGCAACAAGGAGCAUUGGUCAGAGCUUCUGGAUGUUCCAGCAAACUUCACGCGCGAGGAUGGCGCAGAAGACCAGGAAUAUCAGCUGUACCGGCCGAAGCUUGAUGAGGAUGCAGAGUCCACUGUGAACACCAGGACUGCCCGAAGAAUUCUGAAAGCCGGCGGCUGCCGCGUGAGCAGAGGUGGCACAGAGGCGCAGGCGGCAGCCGCCACAGUGGCCGCGGCUGCAGCGGCAGCUGCAAAGGCCUCUAGUCUGGCGGUGUCCAAGCGUUCACUUCCGAGCAAGGAAAGCGGCAAGCCCGAUGACGCAGCAGCUCAGGAAGCAGAGGCGGUAGAUCCUCAGGCAUGGGACUCGACGGCACCAGGCUCCAAGGCCUUGGCCUCCAGCUUUGGCCAAGGCUACGGCUUGGAAGGUUCUUCCUACUUCGAAGAGGGUUCAGCUGAGUACGGCGACUUUGCCUCUAUGUAUCAGCUCGCUGCAGCAGCUGCGGCCUACAACGGGGCUCAGGCCUCGUUGGCUUGGCAGUUCCAGCAACAGAUGAUGCAGAACAUGCAUAUACAACAGUUACAGCAGCAGCGCCUUCAGCAGAUCAAAGCGGAGCGGCUACAGAAGGAGAAGGCUAAGAAGGCAUUGUUGGCAAUGGCCAAGUCACCGACAGCAAAGGCAGUAGCCAAGGCAUCUGCCAAGGUCCCGGCAAAGCGCGAGGGGAUAUCUGAAAUCGGGUCGACGCUGCUUAAGACCGUCAACGGCGGCGCCGUGGGUGCUGUGGGCGCGAGCGCGCUUGCCACAUCGAGUGAAGUCGGUGCACUUCUGAAGGCAGCGGCUUCCACGCAGGCCACAAGUAGCAGCACAACGCCUGCGUCGCCCUUGAGUUCGUCCUCUACUGCCCCUUUGCAGCCAGGGCUAACAGACGCAAAAGCUGCGCCCUGUGAGGACGAAGACGUUGACUGCAACCAGCAAUGA